AUGCUUGCAAGCAGAAAAGUACUUGUAUUCCACCCUAACAGCGUGCUCUACUUAUUAUACUACAGAUUUCGACGGUGCAAGGUGUCAAACGAUUACGUCAAGUUAGUUCGGUUGUAUGCUAUAGGCCAGGACAUGAUGCAACUGUGCAUUUCAGAGUACCUACUUGAGCAGGCAGCCAAAUGUCCGUCACGAGCAUGCAUACAAGGCCUAAUCAAGCACGCAAAUUACAGUGGGACACCCCGGCCCUAUCCCUCAUGCAAGCGAUGA